GGACCCGAGCGAGCAGGCGCCGCUGUCUUGCAGACGGCGCAGGGCCAAGAGGGCCCCGAGCUGGCCCCGGCCGACGCGGAGGACCCGUCGCUGCAGGGGGCCCCCCAGAAGAUGAAGCUGGAGAUGAAGGAGAAGAAGGACAAGAAGCAGAAGGUGGACGAGGAUGAGAUCCAGAAGAUGCACUCCGCUGCACCCAGCCUCCUUCUGGAGAGAACCGUGGCCCCUGCUACACCUUACGUCUGUGACAGAGUGCACGGAAUACUGGUGUCUUCCUUUUCUGAAGAGCAGCUGAAUCGCUAUGAGAUGUAUCGUCGUUCUGCUUUUCCCAAGGCUGCUAUUAAACGGCUGAUCCAGUCGAUUACUGGCACCUCAGUCUCUCAGAAUGUGGUUAUUGCCAUGUCUGGGAUUUCCAAAGUCUUUGUUGGGGAGGUGGUAGAAGAAGCACUGGAUGUGUGUGAGAAGUGGGGAGAGUUGCCACCUCUUCAGCCCAAACACAUGCGUGAGGCAGUCAGAAGGCUGAAGGCCCGGGGCCAGAUCCCAAAUUCCAAGUAUAAAAAAAUCAUCUUCCAGUAAAGUGGGCAGGAGAAGGUGGAAGAGGAGCACAAAGUCUUCAGCUGUAUAUGAUGUAACUUUGAAGUUGGUUCCAUCUUCCAAGCCUGAUGCACUUCCAAAAUCCAUUCUAAUCUUGUGUCUGCAGUCUUCUCCAAACACACCAGAACCACAAGAAACCCCAUGGCAAGAGUGCAACUAAACUGAGUUCACAAAGCCUGAGAAGCUGGCUGUAAUGCUGCCAUGAACAACUUGAGUAUGGUAGAUGGUUGGUAAGAAGAGAGAAAUUAAUGGAAUGGAUGAUGUUACCAUAGAGGUAACAGUCUUGUUAAGCUGUUUUAUUCUAGUAUUAAAGAGCUUCCUGUACUGGAGGCCUGUGUAUUGUAUCGCCUGCAUAGAGUGCUACUUUAGGCAAGGACUUGAGGGUCUGGUUUGAGUUAACACUGUAUUAGUACCAAAUUUGGAAGUUGCCGACUCAAAGCCUUUGUGUCUUACAGUUGUGGUUGGGGGAAAGAGCCAUGACCUUCAACACAGAAAGGGACAAAACAUUUAAAGGGAGGACCCUGAAAGGCUAGGAACAGCUGCUGCUGCUGCUGCUCUAGCUUCCUGUACAGAAAGGGUGGUUUUGUAUAAUGAGCACUCAUUAAACUUGGUGUUGUGUUAUGUUGC